GUAAACUGUCCACCUCUAUUCAACGCUCGCCACACGUGUUUUAUUUACAGUUUUAUUCUUGGAAAGUUGUUAAACAAGAAAACCCAUUCAAAAUGUAUCUGAUGUACACAAUUAACGAAAACGGCGACCGAGUCUACACUCUGAAGAAACGCACUGAGGAUGGUCGCCCAACAUUGUCCGCUCAUCCGGCACGGUUUUCCCCAGAGGAUAAGUACUCCCGUCACCGAAUUACUAUCAAGAAGCGCUUCGGACUCCUGCUCACCCAGAAACCCGAGCCCAUAUACUAAGUUCGAGUUUACAUUUAAUUAGUGUACAUUUUAUUUACAAAUAAUAAGUUACGAAAUAACAAACUA